AUGAUAAUCUCCAAGGCGCUCGUCAGCAUUGUUCUUCUGGCAAUCUACGCGAAUGCAUCACCAGUACCGGCUGACACUGACGCUGGCGUUGGUGCAGCCGCUGCACUUGAUGCUACUGCUGGUGUAGACGCGGGCACAGCAGUUGGCGUCCGUGCGCGCCCUGCUGUCGCUGUCGCUGCGACAGAUGUUGGUGUCGGCGCUGAUACACGAGUUGGUACCGGUACGAGUGUUGGCGCAGGACUUGGCGUCGGUGCAGGUAUCGGUGCAGGCACAAGGGUCGGCGCAGGACUUGGACUUGGACUCGAUGCUGGGGGCCGUGUAGGCGCAGGUACCCGUCUUGCUACCGCCGUACGCGCCCGACCUAUCGUCGCUGCGGCCACGGGUGCAGAUCUUGGUGUCGGUGCGGGUGCGGGUGUCGGUGCAGGUCUUGGUCUUGGUCUUGGUGCUGGCCUCGGUGUCGGUACUGGCGUCACUGGUGUGGUACGCCACCGCCCUGUCACUGGUGUGGCUGCGGGUGUCGGUGCAGGUCUUGGUCUCGGUCUCGGUUUGGAUCUAGGUCUCGGUGCAGGAGCGGGUGUCGGUGCAGGCGCGGGUGCUGCUAUCUAG